AUGAAAAUUGAGAAAAGUUUAAAGUAAAAAAAUGAUAAAAUAAAGAACCAUUUUCUAUAAGUUCUCAUUAUAAAUGCAUAAUAGAAAAGAUAAUUAAAAGUGAUUUAAAUAAGAAAUAAUUAUAAAUUUAUGAAAGCAUAAUUGUUUAAUUGGCAUCUUGCUUUAAUGAGAAAGUAUAGAAUGAAUGAAAUUUGUCACUUUGUUAAAAAUAAAUAUAGAAGGAAAUUAUAAAACAAAGUAAUUAAAUUACUAAUUGAUUAUUCUCAAGAGAGAUAAUAUAAACGUAAGAAAUUGAUCAAAGCAGAUAAUUAUUAUAAUAAUAGAAUAUUGAAUAAAUCAUUCAAGGCUCUUCGAAUUAAUGAAAAGUAAAGCAAAUAAGAAUUUUUAGAGAAAAGAAAAAUGAUUGAUGAAAAAGAUUAAUAAUUGGUUAAUAAUUAAAAAGAACUAUAAAAGAAAUUAAUGGCUGAUGCAUUUCACUCUUCAAAAUUAAUGUUAAAAUCCUUUCUUAAUUGGAAAAAGUAUAUAUUUUACUAAGAUAAAUAAGACUUUUAUUUUAGUUAUAAACAAAAUAUAGACAAUUGUAUAAUUAAAUAAUAGGAAUUGCAAUCUGAAUAAGUAAAAAUAAAUAAAAAUACAGUUAGUAAAUCUGAAUAUUGUAUUAUGCUUGAAUAUAAGAUCUAAUUUUAUUAAAAGCAUUAAGAUUAAUUAACUAAUUUUUAAAAAGAGAUUUUAAAAAAAGAAAUUUGUUAAUUAAAGUAAUUAUUAUGA